AUGUCGUCACAAACCCUCACCCGCCAGGGCACCAGAAGCGAUCUCAAGUGGCAGGAAAAGGUGUCAAAGCGGCGAACCGAACGGCAGCUGCCGAUCGGGCACGGCGAGUACACGGUGCUCUACCCGCCCGGCCUCGCAAAGAUGGCGCUCGGCUUGGCAGAGAACCUCGGCGACAAUCUGCCGGUGCUGUGCACCGACGACAUCUUCAGCGGCGGCUCGAUCGACGAGACGGGCCUCGCAUGGGAGCGCUUCCCGUCGGGCGACCCAAACAUCAAGCUGCGCGUCGACCUGAUCCGCGACCGGCACGUGGUGCUGCUGAUGAACCACGACACGAUCUUCCUGUUCGAGCAGCUCGCGGUCAUCCUCUUCCUCCAGCGGUUCAACGAGGACCCUCGCCGCGCCUUCAUCGUCUUCCCGGACCACGGCGCCCACCGCCGCUUCUACCAGAUGGUGCACCGCUGCAUCCCCGGCAUCCAGUACGAAAACAUCCUCUGGAUCGACAAGACGCGAGUCGGCACCUUUGUCCUCCUGGCCGACGACUUCACCAACUCUGGCUCGACGCUCUUCGGAGGCGCGGAGGUGAUCCGCACGCACGCCGACGGCGCAAUCAAGGUUUGCGCGUACGUCUCGCACUACGUCGCAAAGUACGACCGCGCCACCGUCUCAAAGUUCGUCGACAAGCUCUACGCCGGGGGCGCUCUCGACGAGCCGGGGCGCCGCAGCGCGUGCACGUGA